GAGAUCAACACUUCUCCUUGCAUGCUGGAUGACUGCAAGGGUGACUACGAAGAGGAGAUCAAGAGCUGGGCCUGGGAGGCCACGGACUCGCUCCUGCGCCUGGCCCUAGCCUACCAUGAUGGCUGGCAGCCGCCUCCCCACGCUGAGCUCUGCAACCUUCGUGCCAGCCCUCAAGGCCGCGAUGCCCGACUGUUCGGCGAGGAGACACACUGUCCGAAUUGCCUUGGUGCCGCCGUGAAUGCGGUGCCGGAGUGCUUGGUCUCUGGCUUGAGCAUCUCGGCGACGGUU